UAAAACCCCAGGGGGUAGAAGUGCAGGGUGAAAUUCACCACCAGAGCUCCACAGAGUCCCCACAGUCCUGAAGAGUGAGGAGGAGCACCAAGACACCACCGAGGUCUGGAGUAGCUGCAGAUUCCACUGGUCCCACUUCUCUCCUCCUGUAACCAGGUCUGUCUCAGUUGGGUCUCUCCUCCUGUAACCAUUCCUGCCUCAGCUGGUCUCCUCCUGUAACCAGACCUGCCUCAGCUGGUCUCCUCCUGUAACCAGGCCUGCCUCAGCUGGUCUCCUCCUGUAACCAGGCCUGCCUCAGCUGGUCUCCUCCUGUAACCAGACCUGUCUCAGCUGGGUCUCUCUCCAUCUCUUUGGGCAGCAGGGAGAAGCACUCCCAUCUCUGGGAGGUGAUUGAAGCAUGUCUGUGUCUCUGUGGUGCGAGGAGGAGGAGGGCCAGAGCCAGGCCCAGGAGCAGGACUCGGCCAGGGGGGAGGCCAUGCUCCGAGCCCGCUGGGACCCCAGCGUGUCUGGGCAGCGGGUCGUCCAGAGACUGCUCCAGCUGGAGGAGAGGUACCUGCCUUCCCCCCUCUACAUCGCCCUCGUUCAGAGAGAACCCCAGCGCAGAGAGGAGCUUGCAAAGUGGGCCCUGGAGGUGUGCUGCGACUGCAGCCUGGACGAGGCGGUCUUCCCCCUGUGUGUGUCUCUGCUGGACCGCUAUCUCUCAGCCACCCUGUCCCUGCCCGUGUCUCCCUACUGCCUGGCUGCCGCCUGCGUCCUCAUCGCCUCCAAACUCACGGAGAGCCACAACGUCAGCGCCGACGCCCUGUGCGCCGCAGCGGAACACAGCUUCCCGCCGUCCAGCCUGCGGGAGAUGGAGCGAGUGGUUCUGGGGACCCUCCGCUGGGACACCGCAGCCGUCACCCCUCAGGACUUCAUCCCUCACUUCCUCCCCGCUUUCGAGCGGAGGACGGAAGGAGACACCGGGGCGUUGGUCUCCACGCUGCGUCGCCACGGUGACACCCUGGUUGCCAUGUGUGUGUGUGAAUCCCGUUUCCUGGGAGCCCCUCCAUCCCUGCUGGCCGCCGCUGCUCUGGACUGCGCCCUGCGGGGGCUGGGUCACCGGGGAGCAGAGCGGCCGGCUCACUCCACGCUGGCACGACUCUGCCAGGCUGACGAGGUGGUCCUGCAGUGUUACAGCGAGCUGAUAGAUGCUGCUCUCACACAGCGCCUGGGAAGCGGACCUCAGAGCAACAGAGAGGAAAAGGAGGGAGACAUGGAGGAUGAGAGAGCAGGCACCCCAACUGAUAUGAGAGAGAUCGAUUUUUAAACACUGAAAUACAUGUAGCAGUUGAUGUGCAGGUCAACCAAAAUGUACUUGAGUUCAUCAGUCAGACUGAUGUAAAUUCACAAUUGUGACCUCAAUGUAGCUGAAUGACUUUUUGAUGUUUUGAAAUGAUUUUGCUAUUGUUAAUUUAAUUGUUCUUUAUUUAUCAUCGAUAUUUUGUUGUUAUUGCCAUAUUUAUUAUCUUUUUACUUUUCUGAUUUGACAUUUUUGCAAUGCGUUUCAUGCUAUUUAUUGAUUAAUUUAUGAUGUGCAAUUACACCAUGUUAAAUUAUUUAAAUACAUUAUUAUUUGUGUUUGUGUGACAAGGCAUCAAAUUAAGAGUUAUAUACAAAUCUAUUUUUCAAAAUAAUUAAAGAUAUUCACUUUACAUGUGUAAAAUCAUUUCUACAAGAAGAAGUGUCUAAAACAUCAGCUAUAACCCUCAUCUCCUACCAGACCAUUUCUGUUUGAGAACGUUGUUCCAUCCAAGUGUAUUUGUUAGUUUGUAUGAAAAGCAGAAAAUCCCUGCCUACAUAAAUGCCUCCGAAACGAUCAAGUCUGUGACAGAGGGAAGAGGAGGUAUCGUAGGCCUCGUGCCCCUUAAUAAGGAAAAUGCCCUGGAUAAACACUCGAGAUGCAGUUGCACAUUUCAAGCACCAGGUGGCACCAGAACUGACAAUACCUUGCUUUUGGGGAGGGGGGGGGUAGUGUUGGAUUGUAGGCUGUUGCACGUGAGGAACUAUUUGUUUCUGUACCACACCUGGCUUACAGGGAGCCUCACCUUGAUGUCUUCUGUGUUGGCUGUCUGUAGUUUCUCUCUGGAGACAGACAGGGGAGCUUCUACAUCCUGGAGAACUGUUAAAUGAAGGAGAGGGCUGUUAGAGGGAGCCUCACCUUGAUGUCUUCUGUGUUGGCUGUCUGUAGUUUCUCUCUGAAGUGAGGGUCUGUCUCCAGCACCUCGAUCACCUCCCUCAGGUACCUGUCAUAGUACAGGCCUGUGUCCUGGAGACAGACAGGGGAGCUUCUACAUCCUGGACAACUGGGGGGUUCAGCUGGGGCCAGUUGUACAGGUCCAUUUAGGGGGGUAUGGAGCUAAAUCAGGGACA